UCUCUUCCCUUAUUUGUAUGGAAUCUCUAGCAAAAUUCCAGUAAUUCACACACAUCUUCUAAUUCGCUUUUGUCAACCUCUUUAUUAAUUGGCACAACCCGUGAUGGCAAUAUAAAUAGCAAAACCACCAGCAACACCACCCUUUGUCCACGAGAGAAAGAAAUCAAUCACAUCCUAUCCAAAUUCAAAUCACGAAGAACAAGUAAAAAGGAAGAGAUGGGAAAUGCUAUGGGGAGUAAAAAAGCAAAGGUGAUGAAAAUAGACGGUGAAACGUUCAAGCUCAAUACUCCAGCAAGAGCAAACGACGUCGUUAAGGACUACCCUGGACAUGUUCUCUUGGACUCUCACGCGGUGAAAAACUUCGGGCCUCGGGCCAAGCCACUUGAGCCUGACUACCAGCUCAAGCCCAAGAAGAUUUAUUUUUUGGUGGAGUUACCCAAGGUUAAGCCCGAACCAUUAGUAACGAGGAGGGUGCGAUCCAGUGGAAUCCGUGGCAUGAACGCCCAGGAUAGGCUUGAUUUCUUGAUGCUGUCGAAACGCUCCGUUUCGGACCUUACCAUGGUGAAGCAUGGGCCCAAGCCAGAAAAUGGUGGGCCCACGAGGGUCAAAAUGAGGCUGCCCAAGGCCCACUUGGAGAGGCUUAUGGAGGAGAGCCACGACGGGAGCGAGGUGGCGGAGAAGAUCAUAAGUUUGUAUAUGGGGAAUAAUGCCCCCGUGGACGGCGGCGGCGCAACGGUGGAGGCCCAAAAAGAGGUUCACAAUCGCAAGCCACGAAGGAAACGGGUGAGUUUCAGCCCAGUGGAACAAGCAGAAAUUCAUGAAGAAUCAGCAGCACCACAACAGUCACUAGUUUAUAGCAGUCCUUCCAGAUAGUCAUUUAUGCAGAAGCAAGCCAUUAUUUAUAUGUUAGGUGCUUCUAAUGCAAUUUAAUUUUGCCCUAAAAUCUGUAGCCUAUAUAUUGAUAGACAUGUCUAUACAUUUAUACAGUAGUAGUGCUAGGACCAGAAGAUGCAAAUGUUGCUUCAAUGAUUCGCCCCAUUUGUAGUCAAAUGUGGAAAUAUAUUUUCUAGAGAUAAUGUGGAA